AUGACUGAAUCAAGCCGGGCUGAGAAUGCCUUCGCCACACCCCCAGGCACAUACCCUGCCGACCCUCUGGCCAAGGGCGUCAUCCCCACGGCUAAGCAGUCCCUGCAUGACCUGUUCGUGUGGCGUCAGCGCGUCGUCUUGACCAACGACUACGGCGAGACGGUGUGCCUGUGGAAGGACCCGGACCCGAUCCGCAACCCCAUCAGCCUGAUGGGCCAGCUGACGGCCAAGGGCUGGAUCUUCUUCCUCUGUGGUCUGUCCGCGUGGACCGCCGACGCCUUUGACUUUCAUGCCCUGUCCAUCCAGACAAAGAAGUUCUCGGAGUACUACGACACCUCCAAGACGAACAUCACCACAGCCAUCACCCUGACGCUCCUGCUGCGCUCCCUCGGUGCGGCCGCCUUCGGUCUCGCCGGUGACAAGUACGGCCGCAAGUGGCCCAUGGUGCUCAACAUGAUUGUCCUCGGCGUCCUGCAGAUUGCUACGAUCUACAGCUCGACCUUCUCCCAGUUCCUUGCCGUCAGGAGCCUGUUCGGCCUCUUUAUGGGUGGUGUGUAUGGCAAUGCCAUCGCCAUGGCUCUCGAGGAGUGCCCGCACGAUGUUCGUGGUCUCAUGUCUGGUAUCCUACAGCAGGGUUACUCCCUGGGAUACGUGUUUGCUGCGUGCGCCAACCUUGGCGUCGGUGGUGGCAAGGAUAGUUGGAAGGUGGUGUUCUGGGUAGCCGCCGGCAUCUCCAUCGGAGUCGGCUUCAUUCGCGCCCUCUUCCCCGAGUCUAGGCAGUUCGUGGAGGCAAGGAGGCUCCGCAAGGCCCAGGGCACAAAGCCUGCGUCUGCCGGAGCCUUCUGGCGUGACGUCAAGGUGAUGCUGGCCAAGGAGUGGAAGAUGAUCGUCUACUGCACCAUCCUCAUGACGUGGUUCAACUACUUCUCCCACACGUCGCAGGACUCCUACACCACCUUCAUGUUGGUGCAGAAGGAGCUCGACAACUCGGGCGCGUCGCGUGCGUCCAUCAUCAUGAAGGUGGGCGCGUGCGUGGGGGGCACCAUCGUCGGCUACCUCAGCCAGUUUGUCGGGCGUCGACGCGCCAUCAUCGUCUCCGCCCUCGUCUCGGGUGUCCUGAUCCCGGCGUGGAUCCUGCCCAACUCUGAGGGGUCCCUGAGCGCCACCGGUUUCUUCAUGCAGUUCUUUGUCCAGGGUGCGUGGGGUGUCGUGCCCAUCCACCUCAACGAGCUGUCGCCCCCCGCCUUCCGCUCGUCGUUCCCGGGUGUCGCCUACCAGCUCGGCAACAUGAUCUCGUCACCGUCGGCCCAGAUCGUCAACGCCGUUGCCGAGGACACCUUCAUCACCAGGGGCGACGGGGAAAAGGUCGAGGCCUACGGCCCCACCAUGGGCGUGGCCACAGCCAUCAUUGUCGUCGGCAUAGUCGUCACCGCCAUGUUCGGGCCCGAGCGUUGCGGCAAGGACUUUGGUGCCGCGGUUGCUGGAGAGGGAGAUGUCAGCCAAGUGUCUCCGGAGAAAGCCAAGGAGGUGGAUGAGGAGCUUGGCAGCAUUCACCUGGAGGAGAGGAAGGACUCAGAUGCAAAGGCCCCUGCAUCUACGGAGAAGGUGUGA